UUAGCGUCCCUCUCAGCAAAUUCUGGACAAUCUUCACUCAGGACUUGGAUAGAAGCUUCCUCUUCAAUAAGGAUGAGGGUGAUAUGGACAGCCAUUUUUGCCUACCUUCUUCACUGCAGCUGCACAGCAGAAGCUGUGACCGUGGAGUCGCUACCAGCGGUGGGCUACGGGGGCUUUGUGCAGACCAAGUUGAAUCACACAGUGUCCCUCUCCUGCUCCUCCACUGCUGCUGGGGAGGAGGAGCUGCAGUGGUUCCGCAACGGGCUGCUGGUGUCGCUUCCCGAGGGGAACCGUUUGCAUCAGAGCCGGCUGUGUGUGUAUCCGGUGUCCAGAGAGGAUAACGGCGCCAUCUUUUUGUGUCAGCUGAAAAACAACGCCGUCGUUAAUGGCUCAGUGCAGCUGGAAGUGACCUAUGCCCCUGAGCUGUCUGGCACAGACGAGCUCUUCCUGGAGGAGGAGAGUGACAUGACCCUGUCUUGUGACUCUCGCGCAAACCCCCCUGUAACCAUGGUGUGGCACCGUGAUGGCCAGGCACUUGACCUGUCAGUGGGGCGCUACGUUGCCACAGAUGACGGUGUCACGGCUCGCCUCAGCGCGACAACGCUUAAACGGGAGCUCCACGAGGGCCUCUACAGCUGCACGGCCUCCUCACCUGUGGAGGGCACCACCACCACCAAGUCCUUUCAGGUCACAGUCACAGAUAAGGUGAUGAAAUUUCCCAGGGAUGCCAUGAUUGCUGGGAUCGUGGUAGUUGUGUGCACUGCCAUGCUAGCCCUGCUGUCUAGAUGGGAUAGAAUUUUCAAGUGCUGCAAAAAAUGAGGUCGUCAGGAGAGCAGAAUAAAGAGAAACUUGCCACAGCCAUGAGGAACAGUCUGGUCAAAGACUUUUUGUUUUGGGCUCAGACGUCAAGUGGCGCAACGGCAUCUAUGCCCAUGAAUUAAUCAGUAAUUGGUGGUUGAUAUGCUGCAAUGAAUAUGCUUUUAAGAUAGUCCAGUGAAAAAUUAACAAACAAAAAAUCCAUACAAUAGUGGCGCUGGCUGUUGUUACGCUGCUCUGACGUGUGCCAGGCCUACUGCUGAAGCGUCAUUGACCCAGUCAUGACAGGUGGGAUCUACACAGAUCUGAAAAUAAAGUUUCCUGAUUUACCAA